AUGACAACAAACAGUCCAGUGGAGAUUUUAAGUAAUGAAAACUUGGAUGAAAGAGAAGAAUUUUUUGAUAGUGAAAAUGUUGAAAGUGUAAAUGAAGAAAUAUUAGAAAAUGUAGAAUUUGGAAGACCGCAGCGAAAUAGAAAACCACCAGAUCGAUACAAAGACUUUAUAAUGGAAGAUGGAGAGUUUUCUCUGCUGACGUUUGAGGAGGCAAUUGACUCAAAAGAAAAGGAGAACUGGUGGAAAGCUAUAAAAGAAGAAAUGAACUCCUUAAAAGAGAAUAACACAUGGUCUUUUGUUGAUGAGAAAGAGGCAGAAGGAAGAAGAUUGGUUACAAGUAAGUGGAUCUUUACUGUGAAGGGAGAUGGAAGAUAUAAGGCGAGACUUGUUGCUAGAGGUUUUCAACAAAAAUACAAGAUAGAUUAUGAUGAAACAUAUAGUCUGUUAUAG